GAAGGGAGGGAGAGCAGGGGCUGAGCUAAACAACAGCCUGUUGGGAAGGCUGCCUGCUCCACGUGAUCCCAGAUGCUCUGAAUUUCAGACUUUUUGUAGUCUCGUGGUGUCUCCUGCUCCAUUCCCCUCCCAUUUUUCCUACAGCUCAUCUGGCCUGUGGUGAUGCCACAUCUGCUCACCCUGCUCAGAGCCUGGGACAAGGUGUAUGUGUGACACUCCUCCCCUAGGACCUGUGCAGGGAGACUCGUGUUCAUCUUGCCACCACUUUGCAGAAUCUGGGGAGUGCUGGUGGGCAACAGCUGGAGCUGCACCUGCAGUGUGCUCAUACCUUGCUGAGGCAUAGCACCCAGGGUUUGUGCAGCAUCCCAGAGCCCCUCUGAAACAACCUCCUUCCCUCUGCCUCCUGCCAUGGCCCUGGGCUUCACACUCCUGCUCCUGGUGGGGAUGCUGGGCACAGCUUCCCGGGCUGAGCCCGUGCUGACCCAGCCCCAGUCCGUGUUCGUGCUGCCCGGGCAGAGCGCUCGGCUGCUGUGCACCCUGAGCCCCCCAUACAACAUCAGCCACUUCGGCAUCUCCUGGUACCAGCAGCGCCCGGGCCGCUCCCUCAGCUACCUGCUCUACUACAACUCCGAGCGAGACAAGCACAAGGCUGCCAAGACUCCCGACCGCUUCUCGGCCACCAAAGACCUGGCCAGCAACGCCUGCAUCCUCACCAUCGCUUCUGCCUGCCAGGACGACAACGGCACCUACUACUGCUCCCUGGCGCCUGCCUUCAAAUGGCUCUGAAAUGCGGGACGGAAGCUUUCAGCGCUUUCCUUGGCAGCCCUGGGAGGGGUGGGGAAAAUCCAUCUUGGCGUGCUUGGGCAGCGCUGCCUCGUGCUCGUGUCCCCAGGCGUUUGUCCCCUCCCUGGGG